ACAUGCUCCCCAUUCAAAACUCCACAUUUCUUAGCAUCGCCACACAGCUCUCGCGAGACUCUCUGUUGUAGAACAGCUGACUGUGCGGUGGGUGGUGGUGCGAAGGACUGCUAUCUAUUUCAAACAGUUAGCUAAGGCUACACAACUGAUAGUGAAUACAAACGGUAGACGGCGUUUUGAAUUUUUGUUCUGUUCAGGCACUGAUAGUGAUUUACACCACAAUAUGGCGGAGACGGAUCCCAAGUCGGUGCAGGACCUUACCAAUGUGGUCCAGACACUGCUGCAACAGAUGCAGGACAAGUUCCAGACCAUGUCAGACCAGAUCAUCGGGAGGAUUGAUGAGAUGAGCACGCGCAUUGAUGAUUUGGAGAAAAACAUCGCUGACCUGAUGACCCAGGCUGGUGUUGAAGAGAUUGAGGCAGCACCUGAAAAGGCUAAAGAGGGACAAGGCUCCUAAUGAAGGUAAGUAACCCGGUGUGAAGUCGGUCCUAUACCCAGGAGCGGCAGACUUUUCCAUUCUGAUAAUGACUUCUAUUGAUUUGGUGUGUCGUCGUGUGAAAUGCUUUUUUAUAUAUUAAAUAUUGUGAUAAACGGUUAGUUACGUAAUGACUUGAAAAGUUGAACUUUAUUUGUGAGCUAGAAUAGUGCGAUAUGCCCUUCAGAACUUUAAGUGCUCAUGUGCCGGAAUGCAACUUAUGGAUUUUUGUGCGCUGACCCGGAGGUUAUGUCGAUGCCAUCAUGUAUCAUAAUUAAAUCCCAAGAGGUGAUGGCUGACGGGGACAGUUUUGCCCUAGCCUGUGCUGAGAAGUACAACCCGCAGGCUAACAGGCCAGUGGAACCUCCACCUCUACCAACACGGGAAAUGGGCACAGUGAAGAUCUGAAGCCUGUAGUGUUUUACAAACAGCACUGUUACUACCAAGGUGUGGGAUGCAUUCCAAUUUCAACACAUUUUCUUCUAUUAAAAGUGAUUUAAUACAC